UUGUAGUAUACAAGCGGUACAACAUAGUGCUCCCGCUGACUUCGCGUACCUACAAAAGAUCAUCAUCAUGUGUAGCGACAGGCAGAAAUGUAGGCUCGAACAUGCCUGCAUAAGUAUUUGCGCGAACGCAUAAGUGAAACGCGCGUGGGACGGCGCGCGCCGCCGCCGUGGAAGAUGCUGAAACUCGUCUGACGUCACAUCGCUCCCGGUAUCUUUUUUUUUUGGCGUUCCGCUGAAGCGCCGAUCGCCGCUCCGCGCGACAUCUGCGACGCGGGGAGCCAGUAAACCAACAGUAACCUAACAGUAACGGAUGCGGAGGAGGACGGUUCCGGCAGCUCGUCGCUGUAACGCGUCACUGUAGCGAUAUUGUCUAUUAGUUGCCAGGGCUGGCGGUGCCGGACGAAGCGUCUGGUCAAGCAGCGGUCACCGGCGCGCUGCGGAGGAAGCCGCACCAUCUGAUCUGAAGUGAGACACCCACUCCGACGACAUGGAAUAAGAAGCAGCCGUGGAUGUUGAAUUGCCAUAAUCUGUUCUCGUCGCCCAUUAGCAAAAGUGGCUCUUUGUCCGUGUCAAGCGAAAGACAGAAGACCCACGAUGUCUGCGAUAGAGAGGCAGAAGGCGAAGGUGACCAAAGACAGCGUCACCCUGCUGCCCUGCUUCUACUUCGUGGAGCUUCCUAUCCUGGCGUCAUCUGUGGUGAGCCUGUAUUUUCUUGAGCUAACGGAUGUCUUCAAGCCAGUCCGGUCUGGCUACAACUGCAACGAUCGUAGUCUGAGCAUGCCCUACAUCGAACCCACACACGAGGUGGUCCCGUUCCUGAUGCUGUUCAGCCUUGCCUUUGUCGGUCCAGCUGCCACGAUCAUGAUUGGAGAGGGAAUCCUGUACUGCUGCUUGUCCAGGAGAAAGUGUGGAGCUGGGGCGGAGGCCAACAUCAAUGCUGCUGGGUGCAACUUCAACUCCUACAUCCGCCGAGCUGUCAGGUUUAUUGGGGUUCACGUGUUUGGGCUCUGCGUCACGGCACUCAUCACCGACAUCAUCCAGCUGUCAACAGGUUACCACACUCCAUACUUUCUCACUGUCUGCAAACCCAACUACACCACGCUCAACACCUCCUGUGAUGAGAACUCCUUCAUCAUGGAUGACAUCUGCUCUGGAGCAGACAUGGCUAUCAUCAAUGCAGGCAGAAAGUCUUUUCCAUCCCAGCAUGCCACACUUGCAGCCUUUGCAGCUGUGUAUGUUUCUAUGUACUUCAAUGCCACCCUGACGGACUCCUCGAAGCUCCUGAAGCCCUUGCUUGUCUUCUCUUUUGUCAUCUGUGCCAUCAUCUGUGGCCUAACCCGCAUCAUCCAGUUCAAGAACCAUGCCAUCGAUGUCUACUGUGGCUUCCUCAUUGGGGGCGGAAUAGCAGUGUAUUUAGGGCUGUAUGCUGUGGGCAACUUUCAGCCCAGUGAGGACACCACGAGCCAGCCGGCCCCACAGCCUCGAGAGCCCCUGAGGUCCCUUAAGAACCUCAGCCAGGACACUGGCCGCCACCUGCCAGCCAAAACCAUUGCCAGCAGUGAUGCCCUUGCUGCCCAUGCCGAGAGCCUCCUCAAUCGCAACCAUCGCGAUGCCAAUUCGCUCACUAAUCUGAAGAGAGCAAGUGCGGAUGUGGAGAUCAUCAGUCCCCGGAGCCCUAUGGGCAAGGAGAACAUGGUAACUUUCAGCAACACUCUGCCUAGGGUCCACACCUCUGGGCUAGAAGAGACCACUCGGCGCAAUGCCAGUAUACAUGCAUCCAUGGACUCCACCCGCUCCAAGCAACUGCUUUCUCAGUGGAAGACCAAGAAUGAGAGUCGUAAGUUGUCCCUGCAGGUGAUGGAGAUGGAGGCUGGUCACUCCCCACAAAGGAGCAUAGAGAUGCGUUGCAGUUCUGAGCCAUCUAGGGUGGGCAUCAACGGUGAGCACCAGGGCCCUGGCAGUCAGUACAUGAAGCUGGCCACAAGCAGCACUCCCUUGCCUAGCAACAGCAGCGGCAUUGCUGGAGGUGCCCGGGUCUCCAUGCAGUCCCGGCCUGGGUCCUCACAGUUGGUACACAUUCCAGAGGAGACACAGGAGAACAUCAAUGGCACAUCACCCAAGAACAGCUCUGCACGCUCCAAGUGGCUUAAAGUGGCUGAGAAGAGUGGUGCAUGUAGAUCCAAUAGCCAGCCCAGGAUAAUGCAGGUCAUUGCUAUGUCCAAGCAGCAGGGCCUUCUCCAAGGCAGCCCCAAGAGCUCCGAUGGUAGCACUGUCAGCUGCACAGGUUCGAUCCGCUACAAGGCAUUGACCGACCAGGAACCGGCCGGCAUUGUGAGGGUGGAGGCACAUCCCGAGAACAGCAAGCCUGUUGUGCAGCCCCCAUCAACAGAUGGGAGUGGAUCGUGGAGAUGGAAAUCACAGGAGAGGGGCAGUCUUCGGCAGUCGUUUGAGCUGAAUGACCUCAACCGAGACUCAGAGAGCUGUGAGUCGCUGAAGGAGAGCUACUGUUCCGGUGACAGGAAGAGGGGCAACCCUGAGGCUAGUGGAGAACAUCAUCACCAUCACCACCACCACCACCACCAUCAGGGCAUCACAACCAUCCGAGUAACCCCAGUGGAGGGUAGCGAGGCAGCCUCCGAGACCCUCUCCAUUGCCUCCAGCCGGGACUCCACCCUUCGGAGGAAAGGCAACAUCAUUCUGAUCCCAGACCGAGGGAGCAGCCCAGACAACACCAGAAAUAUCUUCUACAAAGGAACUUCACCAACUCCGGUUUUCAAGGAGUGAGCUAUCCUUCCCCCAAACACGUGGCCUUGAUCGCUGGGAUUUACCCAAGAAUAACAGAAAGUAAGGGUGUGAAGCUUGCAGUCCUUUGUCUCCACCAUUGGAGUUUAUUAUCCCAUUGCCAACCCUUGAUAAACCAUGCUGUUUGCCAAACACAAAAGGCUAUAUGAAGCAUGCAUUUCAUUUUUUUUUGAACCUUCACACAUGAGCACAAACAAUUGUUACAUAUCUACA